GCAAGUGAGAGACAGACUAAAGCAGCAAGUUGUGGAGAUGAAAGAGAAAUUUCCAGGCUUCAGACCAGGACUGGCAAUUUUGCAGGUUGGAAAUCGGGAUGAUUCGAACCUCUACAUUAACAUGAAGCUGAAGGCUGCUGCUGAGAUUGGGAUCAGUGCCAAUCACAUAAAGCUGCCAAACACAGCAACAGAAGCUGAUGUGCUGAAGUGCAUUGCCUCUCUGAACGGAGACCCAGCGGUUCAUGGCUUUAUCGUGCAGCUGCCCCUUGACUCUGACAAGCCCAUCAACACUGAAAGGAUCACCAAUGCUGUGGCACCCGAGAAGGAUGUGGAUGGCUUAAGUAGCAUCAAUGCUGGGAAACUCUCUAGAGGAGACCUUGGGGACUGCUUUAUUCCCUGCACGCCAAAGGGAUGCAUGGAACUUAUCAGGCAGACAGGUGUGCAGGUGGCAGGGAAGAGAGCCGUGGUGGUUGGCCGCAGUAAGAUCGUGGGUGCUCCCAUGCAUGACCUGCUGCUCUGGAACAAUGCCACGGUGACCACGUGCCAUUCGAAGACCUCCACCUUGGCUGAGGAGGUUGGCAAAGCUGAUAUCCUGGUGGUUGCAGCUGGUAAAGCUGAAAUGGUAAAAGGUGAAUGGAUCAAGCCUGGUGCAAUCGUAAUAGACUGUGGAAUUAACCACGUGCCAGACAGCACAAAGGCCAGUGGAAAAAGAGUUGUAGGAGAUGUGGCAUACAGUACAGCCAAGGAAAAAGCUUCCUUCAUCACGCCAGUUCCCGGUGGGGUUGGGCCGAUGACUGUGGCCAUGCUAAUGCAGAGCACCGUGGAGAGUGCACAGCGUUUCCUGGAGAAGUUCCAGCCUGGAAAAUGGACCAUUCAGUAUAACCAGCUUACCCUAAAGGUGCCUGUUCCAAGUGACAUUGAAAUCUCACAGUCUUGCAUACCCAAGCCCAUUGAUCAAGUUGCAAGAGAAGUUGGCCUGAGCCCUGACGAGGUGGAGCUCUACGGCCAGACCAAAGCCAAGGUUCAUCUGUCAGCUCUGAAGCGGCUGAAGAACCAGCCAGAUGGCAAAUACGUUGUGGUCACUGGGAUAACCCCCACUCCCCUGGGAGAGGGGAAGAGCACCACCACUGUGGGCCUGGUCCAAGCCUUGGGAGCACACCUGCACCAGAACGUCUUUGCCUGUGUCCGACAGCCUUCUCAGGGGCCAACUUUCGGUAUAAAAGGUGGAGCUGCAGGUGGUGGCUAUUGCCAGGUUGUCCCCAUGGAUGAGUUUAACCUUCACCUCACUGGUGACAUCCACGCUAUCACUGCAGCCAACAACCUGGUCGCUGCUGCUAUCGACGCACGGAUGUUCCACGAGCUGACUCAGUCUGACCAGGCUCUCUACAACCGCUUGGUGCCUUCUGUCAGUGGUGUUAGGAAGUUCUCAGACAUUCAGAUCCGAAGACUACAGAAACUGGGCAUUAACAAAACAGAUCCUAUGGCUUUGACAAAGGAAGAAGUCAACUCAUUUGUGAGAUUGGACAUUGACCCAAGCUCCAUAACAUGGCAAAGAGUGCUGGACACAAACGACAGGUUCCUCAGGAAAAUCACCAUUGGGCAGUCUCCAACAGAGAAAGGCUUCUCCCGAACGGCUCAGUUUGACAUCACCGUGAGCAGUGAAAUCAUGGCAGUCCUAGCACUAACUGAUGGGUUGGAUGAUAUGAAGAAGCGACUGGGCAGAAUGGUAGUAGCUUCCAGCAAGAAAGGACAACCAAUUACAGCAGAUGACCUUGGAGUGACUGGAGCUGUGGCUGUCUUGAUGAAAGAUGCUGUUAAACCAAACCUCAUGCAGACUCUAGAGGGAACACCAGUGUUUGUUCAUGCUGGACCCUUUGCCAACAUUGCACACGGGAAUUCUUCCGUGUUGGCCGAUAAAAUAGCACUCAAGCUUGUGGGCAAAGACGGUUUCGUUGUUACAGAAGCAGGAUUUGGAGCAGACAUAGGCAUGGAGAAGUUCUUUAACAUUAAGUGCCGCUACUCUGGUCUCCGGCCCCACGUGGUGGUGUUGGUGGCUACUGUCCGAGCUCUGAAGAUGCACGGGGGAGGACCUACAGUCACUGCUGGGGUACCUUUACCGAAGGAAUACACAGAAGAGAACCUUCAGCUGCUGGCAAAAGGCUGCAGUAACCUGAACAAGCAGAUCCAAAACGCGCACAUGUUUGGUGUCCCAGUCGUAGUGGCUGUCAAUGCUUUCAAAACAGAUACCAAGGCUGAGCUGGCCCUUGUAGUGCAGCAGGCAAAGCAGGCAGGAGCAUUCGAUGCUGUGGAGUGCACUCACUGGGCAGAGGGAGGGAAGGGAGCGCUGGCACUGGCCCAGGCUGUUCAGAGAGCAUCACAGACACCCAGCAACUUCAGGUUCCUCUACAACGUGGAGCUCCCUCUUGUAGAUAAGAUCAGGCUUAUUGCCCAGCAGAUCUACGGGGCGAGAGACAUUGAGCUGCUUCCAGAAGCACAGGAGAAAGUCGCCCUGUACACUAAGCAAGGAUUUGGAAACCUGCCAAUCUGCAUGGCUAAAACUCACUUAUCAUUGUCUCACGACCCUGAACAAAAAGGAGCACCCACAGGUUUCAUCCUGCCGAUCCGAGACAUUCGUGCCAGCGUCGGCGCUGGGUUCCUGUACCCCCUGGUGGGAACGAUGAGCACUAUGCCAGGACUGCCCACAAGACCCUGUUUCUAUGACAUAGACCUGGACCCGGUGUCGGGAGGAGUGAACGGGCUCUUCUGAGAGAAGAGGUAGCUCCCAGAACACCUGCUGAGUCAUGGACAUGGACCUGGGCCCUGGUCUGGUUUGUAAGUCAGAACAAGACAUAACUGAGAA